AUGUAUGGAGCUAACAGCUCGAGUCCGACACCAAGAUAUUUUAUCCUCAGUGGGAUUCCUGGGCUGGAAGCUGCACACAUCUGGAUCUCUCUGCCUUUCUGUUUCAUGUACAUUAUUGCUAUGGUGGGGAACUGUGGGCUCAUCUACCUGAUCAGCCAUGAGGAGGUCCUGCAUAGGCCCAUGUAUUACUUUCUAGCCCUAUUAUCCUUUACAGAUGUUAGUGGGUGUACUUCAUUUGUUCCCAAUAUGUUAUGCAUCUUUUGGUUCAGUCUCAAGGAGAUUGACUUUAAUGCCUGCCUUGUGCAGAUGUUUUUCAUACACAUGCUGACAGGCAUGGAGUCUGGGGUACUCAUGCUCAUGGCUCUAGACCGCUACGUGGCCAUUUGCUACCCUUUACGAUAUUCCUCCAUUCUCACCAACACCACAAUUACCAAGAUAGGGCUUGCUACUUUUAUGCGAAGUGUGCUACUCAUGAUUCCAUUCAGUUUCCUGAUCAAGCGCCUUCCCUAUUGCAGAGGAAACCUUAUCCACCACACCUAUUGUGACCAUAUGUCUGUGGCCAAAUUAUCCUGUGGCAAUGUCAAGAUUAAUGCUAUCUAUGGUCUUAUAGCUGCCAUACUGAUUGGGGGAUUUGACAUGUUCUGUAUCUCUGUGUCUUACACCAUGAUCAUCCGUGCUGUACUGAAUCUGUCAUCUACAGAUGCUCGCCACAAGGCCUUCAGCACCUGUACAUCACACUUAUGUGCUAUUGUCAUCACUUAUGUACCAGCUUUCUUUAACUUCUUCACUCACCGUUUUGGGGAACUCACUAUACCUCACCACAUUCACAUCUUUAUUGCCAACCUCUAUCUCUUGCUGCCUCCUACAUUGAAUCCAAUUGUCUAUGGAGUAAAGACCAAGCAGAUACGUGAAGGAGUAAUCAAAUUGUUCUUUAGAGAGAAAGAAAUUUCAACUAUGAAAUAA